AUGGCGCAAAAUGAAAAUGACAGUGAACAUAGUGAACACGAAGAAUUGUAUAAAAAAAGUACAACUACUAAUCAGUCUAAAUGUUGCCCUAAAAGUUUCGUCUGGGACUACUUUGACAAGGAUAAUAAUGGUAUAACUGCAAUCUGUAAAGUUAUAUUGGAUAAUGAAAAGAAAUGUGGUGUCUCAUAUAAUGAUGGCUCAACAACUUCAAAUUUGAUUAACCAUCUUGCUCUGGAAUAUAAAAGUUUUCGAAAAUUACUGCAUUCGCUUGAUGAAAAAUUUUCAAUUUCCUGUAAUAAAACUAUAAAAACUUCUGUUAGCAAAUCAUUUUCUUGGAGUAAAGAACAAUUAACAAGCUUAAUAGAAAAGGAGAGUGUUGUCGUGUCUAUGAUGAUAGAUUUUUGGACAAGUCAUCAAGCACUACUUGUUUUACAACGUGUUCUAUACCCCCAUACAGGUGAAGUUAUUGCUGAACUGUUGGAUAAUGUAUUGGUUGAAUGGGGUUUAAUUAACAAAAUGACGGUGAUAACUACUGACAAUGGGUCAAAUGAUGAUAAACGAUUAGCACGUAUUAUGCUUAGCAAUGAUGAAUGGAUAUUUUUAGAUGAAUUGAAUGAUAUAUUGUGUGGUUUUGAAGAAAUAACAAUGUUACUAAGUGGAAAUACUUAUGUAACAAUUUCUUUAAUGUAUCCAGCUAUUUCAACAUUAGUGAAAACUUUAAAAAUAUUAUUACAACAAUCUUAUAUAGAAUCAGCUUCAACAGAUAUGGGUGAAUUAACAAUUCUUGAUUCUGUAGAAGAAAUUAUCGAUGAUACAAAAGACAUUGCUAAGAUUAAAAAAGUUGACGCUUCAUUAAGAAUUAUACACAAAACAAUUAACAUCUCAGUUCCAAUGAUUACAAUUGGAAUGCUUGAGAAGAUUAAAAAAGUAUUGUAUGAUAGUAUAUAUCAUUAUUGGAAUUCUGUUACAGACGUUGGCAUGUUGGCAUGUUUACUUGAUCUACAUUUUAAAAAGCUACAUUUUGCCAACACAAAUGUGGUUAUACAAACUAAAGAACACUUAAAAAGUUUGUAUGAAUUGGAAUAUGAAAUUCACCCAACUCCUAAAUAUCCAACGUCUUUGUCAAAUAUUCAGCAUGAUGAUCAUGAUGAUUUUGAAGCUGAUUUAUAUGCUGAUGACAAUGAUAAAAUUAGUGAAAUUGAUGAUUACUUAGCUUUAGAAGAGGAGGGGAGACAAAUGGAUCCUUUUCAAUGGUGGAGCCUUAAAAAAGAACAGUUUUCUAUAUUAUCAAAUAUUGCACGGAA